CGAUUCAGUGCAACAUAAACCACCGACCGGUAUACGACGCGAAUGCUGUGUUUUAUUAUUUUCUACCACAUAAAUAGUAAGUGAAUUUCAGAAGAUUAUUAAUUGCUAGUGAUAAAUAAAAAUGUCUCAUGAAAUGGAAGUGACUGUGGAAUCGCCGGAGAGUAUUGAUAUCGAUCGUAGUGCGCCAUGCCCUGAAGCGAAUAAUUUUGCCGCGGGUAUUACCGAUGUGCAGUGCAGUAAUUUUAGCUUUCGUAACAAAUCUUCCAAUAAUGCAAGCUCAUUUCGAAUCGAGGCCAUAUUGGCCAGUGCUAGUGAUACUAAAAAUGAGUCUCCGAAUGCGCCAAUGAAUAAGGAUUACAAAUUGGAUGCUUUUUUGAAUGACGAGUCAUAUUCAGGCCCCUUAUCGUCUGUUUCGUCCGAUUCUAGUCCCAGUAUAAGUCCAGGCUGUGAAAAUCAAGAGCACUACAAGGAUGACGUGGAUACCAACGACGCAGAGAGGGAUACUAACAGCUACCAAGGCUUUCCUCCCUAUUACAAUCUCUCCAACUCUGCCUUCAUGUUUUGCUCUAGCAACAACGUCUCGGGACGGAAUGAAUCUGAGUUGAAAUACCCCUUGGAAGAUAUUAGAGGCCAGUUGAACUUCCCACAGUUACCUCAGCUGGAGUUUUUGAGGCAACCAUACCUGUAUUAUCCGCGGCUCACCGAAAUGGAGUUAUCAGGGCAGCACACAGUAUAUGGCAAGAAUCGGCGACCUCGAACAGCAUUCACAUCCCAACAACUACUGGAGUUGGAGAAACAAUUCAAAGUCAGCAAGUACUUAUCUAGACCAAAGCGAUAUGAAGUUGCCAACAAUUUGCUGCUAUCUGAGACACAGGUCAAAAUAUGGUUUCAAAACAGACGAAUGAAGUGGAAGCGCUCCAAAAAGAUGAACGAUUCGAAGAAACUUGCACACAACACUGCAUCCGUUACUAAUAAUGCACAGUAUAAUGAAGUGAAAAAAAUCGCUUCCGAUAACAUCAUCCAACCCAAUGCAGAAACCCCCGAAACUAAUGCAGAACAUCAGUUGGCUAGCAAUAAUCUACCAAGUCAAGCAAAACUAGCGGUGUCGUCCAACUAUAUAAAGCACGAUAGAUGUACAAAUGGCAAUUCCAUAACCGCUAAACAGUCUAUGCUACGAUUAGACCAAGAAAAGUGUAACGUAUUCAAGCCAUAUAUAACGUAAAACUAAAACUGAAGUAUUUAUAA